AUGCCACAUGUCUUGCUGUGGCAGGAUCUCCCGUCGGAAGUAUGGGACCUCAUCUUGAUGAACUUACUGGUGGAUGAAUAUCUUGACUUGUACAAGCUGGUGGAAGGUCCGUUCAAGGAGUUCCUCAACGAUAGCACUAGAUUUAAUGCGUUGUUCCAUAUGAACUAUGGCAAACAGCUUGAAGCUUUUGAGUGGGGAGACGCUAAUCUUCUUCCCGAUUCGUACAUGGUGUAUAGACUGAAUUACCUAAAUGAAGUAGAGAAGAUAAUGCGUCGCAUACACGAGCUCAAUUUGCCCGAACCAUCAUCCGAUGACCCGAAAUAUUCUCCCGAUAACUAUCCGCCGGAGCUCAUGACCUCAAUUGUCGAAUUGAGCUGCAAACCAGAGUACAAGCUAGUGUCGCUACAUCAUGCUGCACAGCAAGAAGAAGUGAUCAAAGGAAAGCUAGCCGCUGCGGCGCUAGAUCCGGAAAACUGCAUGGAUAUCAAUUUACAAGAAGCUUCUUGGGCACUCCAUCUAGCGCACAUGCAACAGUUCUCGCAGAGCGUCCAAUUCUUUCGCGAUAGCGAAGCCAAAUGCGAUCAUGACCUAGAGCGCUGUCAUUUCGAGCUUGCACGGUGCCGUGCAGACUUUAGUGCUUUGGCGCCAUUCAGAACCAAAGUUCUUAAUCAGAUUCGCAAACGCAUCACGGACUUCAAUAGCUCCUACUCCAAACGCCUAAGGUUUCAGUCUCGAGAUAUGUUUCAUGGCUACUUGAGAACCAUCUGUUUGAUCAUCACUAGAUACUUGCCUUUUAAAACAAUCGCAACGAGACAAAAUCAGAAUGACGGACUCCUUGGCUUCUACAGCGGACAAACUAUUGCCUCGAUGAAUAUCGUCUUGGCUGUGAUAGCCAAAAUUCUCCAAGAGGAAUUGUUCGACAAAUUUAUCUUGGAAUAUCCACAAACUAUUUUGAGAAAAAUAGUUGUCAAGGUCAGUCAGCUAUUUAUUAUUGCCGGCGACACAAUUAUCUCUAUCGGUCCUGACUACUCAGCUAGUGUGUACUCCAUCGACAAUGUUAGAUCUAAUUAUCAUUGGGAUGACUUCAGUCCGAUCCGUUACAUUGAUGCAGUGGAAAAUGCUUAUUCUUUUCACAAACCGGAAUCGGAAUUGUUCUUUAAUGACCCGAACGAAUUGAGCACAAGAGAUUGGUCACCAGAAAAAUCAGGUCCUGGUACAGAAAGGUUGCGCUUCGUGAGAUUGCUACUUUUGUGGAUCUGUAAUCGUUCUCGGUUUGAAUUAUCCGAGGUAAAGCCUAUAAUGCAGAGCCAAGACUUCUAUCACUAUUUCUCAUGUAUGCGAUACCAUCUCGAGGCAUACAAACCAUCCAACUUUGGCAUUUUUCUCAAGGAGCUCAAACCAAAGAAAGUUGACCCCUCGGAAAGGCAUCCUUUGGUCAUAAACUGGAAUCAACGAUACAUUGGUGCCAAGUUUGGAGUCAUGAAAAGACCAGACCCAUCAGGAAUAAGACAAGACGAUCUAGAAUUUCUCAUAGUUUUCCCCUUUGAUAACAUAGAGCCUGCUAUGACUACGGCGGACAGCUUUAAGUUGCUUAAGCCCGCAGAUUUUGGAGCUAGGUUUGCCGCAUAUCUCUACUGGGUAAUCUGUUCUGAGGGAGGAAACUACCUCACUCGAUACUGUCAGCCCAAUCUCGAAAUUACAGAGGAACAAAUUAGUUUGUACUUCGACCGAGAUAAUUUUCGAUGA